AUGUUUCGGAUUUCCACUUUAUACCUCAUUAUUAUCAUUUCGGUAUUCUCUGAUUUUUUCGCAAGCCGCACGGCUAUUUCAAAAAGCAUUCUCCAACAUGAUGCCGAUGGUGUCAAGAUUCGAGUAACCGUAACUGUUAGCAAGAAUGGGUUUGGGAAUUUCAGUAGAAUCAAUGACGCGGUUGCAAUGGCUCCAAAUAAUAGUAACGGAGAUGAAGGUUUUUUUCAUAUAAAGAUAAUGGAGGGAGAAUAUGAAGAAUAUAUAAAGAUCGAUCAGAAUAAGAGAUAUUUGAUGAUGAGUGGCGCCGGAAUUAACCGAACAAUCAUCACCGGAAACCAUAGCUAUGAGGAUGGAUGGGGAAUAGAUGUCUCAGCCACAUUUAUUGCAUCAGGCUCACAUUUUAUCUGCAAACAUUUGACCAUUCGAAACACGGCUGGACCCACAAAGGGACAAGCUUUGGCAUUGAUGUGCAGCGGGGACUUAUCCGUUUUCUACAAUUGCAGUAUCGAAGGAUACCAGGAUACCUUGUGGGUCCGCAGUGGCAAACAAUUCUAUCGAGAAUGUGACGUAUAUGGUACAAUCGAUUUUAUUUUCGGUAAUGCUGUGGUUGUAUUGCAGAAAUGCAACUUGUAUGCACGUCGACCAAGCAAAGGCAAUGGUAACGAGAUUACAGCACAAGGUCGUACCAACCCAAAGGACCAAUCCGGAAUUGUAAUCCAAGGCUGUGCGAUAAAACCAACACACGAUCUCGCAAGGAGCAACUAUACGGUUAAAACAUAUCUUGGUCGGCCGUGGAAAAAUUAUUCGAGGACGAUUAUCAUGCAAACAUACAUCGAUGGAUUUAUUGAACCAGCUGGUUGGGAUAAAUCUUCUGGUGAGGCACUGAAAACGCUCUACUUUGCUGAAUACAACAAUUCUGGAACCGGUUCAAACACCACAAACCGUGUCACUUGGCCUAGUUACCAUAUCAUCAGUGCCACUAUUGCUUCGAAUUUCACGGUUUCUAGUUUUAUUGACGGCGAUAGUUGGAUUCCACAAACCAAGGUUCCUUACAUUGGUGGUUUAGUUCCGUAA